GUCCCGCCCAGUGAACCGGGAAGUAGGAGAGGGCCGAGAUCUGGGCUGUGGGCGAUGGGGCUCGGGGAGACGGGAAUCCUGGAGCGAGCCGGAGGUGUGAGGGUGCCACCGCGGUAGGCCUUACUCGGCCUGGCCUGGGCAGCGGAUUCUGGAGCGUAGAGGGAUGGAGGGGUCGAAGUCAUCGAGCAGCACCAUGCAGGUGAGCUUCGUGUGCCAGCGCUGCAGCCAGCCCCUGAAACUGGACACGUCCUUCAAGAUCCUAGACCAAGUCACCAUCCGGGAGCUCACAGCUCCACUACUCACCACAGCUCAGACAAAGCCUGGAGAGACCCAGGAGGAAGAAACUAACUCAGGAGAGGAGCCAUUUGCUGAAACUCGUCAGGAUGGUGUCUCCCGAAGAUACAUCCCUCCAGCCAGGAUGAUGUCCACAGAAAGUGCCAACAGCUUCACUCUGAUUGGGGAGGCAUCCGAUGGAGGUACCAUGGAGAACCUCAGCCGAAGACUAAAGGUCACUGGAGACCUUUUUGAUAUCAUGUCAGGCCAGACAGAUGUGGAUCACCCUUUGUGUGAGGAAUGUACAGAUACCCUGUUGGAUCAGUUGGACACCCAGCUCAACAUUACAGAAAAUGAAUGUCAGAACUACAAGCGAUGUUUGGAGAUCUUGGAGCAAAUGAAUGAAGAUGAUGAGGAGAAGUUGAAGUUGGAGUUGAAAGAGUUGGCACUCGAGGAAGAGAGGCUGAUCCAAGAACUGGAAGAUGUAGAAAAGAACCGAAAAAUUGUGGCAGAAAAUCUUGAGAAAGUCCAGGCAGAGACUGAGCGGCUAGAUCAGGAGGAAGCUCAAUACCAGAAGGAAUAUAGUGAAUUUAAACGACAACAGUUGGAGCUAGAUGAUGAGCUAAAGAGUGUGGACAACCAGAUGCGUUAUGCUCAGAUUCAACUGGACAAACUGAAGAAAACAAAUGUUUUUAAUGCAACAUUUCACAUCUGGCAUAGUGGACAGUUUGGCACAAUUAAUAACUUUAGGCUUGGGCGGCUCCCUAGUGUCCCUGUGGAGUGGAAUGAGAUCAAUGCUGCAUGGGGACAGACAGUGUUGUUGCUCCAUGCCCUAGCCAACAAAAUGGGCCUGAAAUUUCAGAGGUAUCGCCUUGUUCCUUAUGGAAAUCACUCAUAUCUGGAGUCCCUUACAGACAAAUCCAAGGAGCUGCCAUUAUACUGUUCUGGAGGUUUGCGGUUUUUCUGGGACAACAAGUUUGAUCACGCAAUGGUAGCUUUCCUGGAUUGUGUGCAGCAGUUCAAAGAAGAGGUGGAGAAAGGCGAGACACGCUUCUGUCUACCUUACAGGAUGGAUGUGGAGAAAGGUAAGAUUGAAGACACAGGAGGCAGUGGCGGCUCCUAUUCCAUCAAAACCCAGUUCAACUCUGAGGAACAGUGGACAAAGGCACUCAAGUUUAUGUUGACAAAUUUGAAGUGGGGUCUUGCUUGGGUCUCUUCACAAUUUUAUAACAAAUGACUUUUUCUUUUUUUCCUCCAUGAGAGUGAGGGAGUCUUCUGCCUUAAUGGCUUUGGAAUGUUUUAUUGGCAGAAAUGUUAUAAACUCAUUUAAUAUUAAACAGUACAACAUGUUUACAUUUCCAAAAAGGAAAAUCCACAAAGCCACUUUAUUUUAAAAGAAUAACGUUCUAUUGCAGUAGUGUCCAGAGCAGUAACAAUAAGUAGAACUCUCCAUUAGUCCAUUUCACAACUUUCUAAUGGUCUUCAAAACAAAAUAAGCUUGCUUAAAAUUAAAAGAUGGAUAAAAAGCCUAAGUUGAGUGAUUAUCAGUGGAUUUUCUUUCUCUUAAUUAUAUUCAUAUUCAGCAUAGUUUUUUAAAUAUGAACAUCUAUUAAGAGGAGUGAAAUGUCUGUAACGUUAAGUAACAUGGGAAAAUGUCACAUAAGCUUUUGCCCAGAGGCCACAUGAUGUGAUUGAAAGCUUGAAACUUAAUUCUUUUUCAAAGUUUAGUGCUUAUUGUCUAUCUGCUCUGUGCCAAUAAACACAAGGCAGAAGAGAGAGACAUGGAACAGACUUUAAUAAUGUUUGGGGCAUUAUGAAGAUAUAUAAUUAUUAUUAAUAAAAGAUUUGCUGCAGUCUGUUACUGUGCUGAGGCGCACUGGUUGUUUAAAAUAAAAACAUACUAUCCUAUAAUAAAAUACUUGGUAUUCUAGAAAAACCAAAUGCAUGUAGCUAUGUAAAAAAAGUUGGGACAUGUCGAAAAUUUUGUAUUUUUAGUCAUUUAAAGUAGACUGAAAAUAGCCAAUUCUAGAGAGCUGUUUAUUUCAGAGGAGUGGGCAAAGGUCCCAUCUUCAAAUGAGAAUGUAUUUGGACUGGGAUAUUUAGGACAAAGAAAUGUUAAUGGCCUAUAAGUCAAGGUCACCUGAGUUUGGAUUCUUUUUUCUUCCUAGUCAUAUUCGUUUUAUUUUUACCAAGAAAUCACAUCUAAAGAGGAAAUUAUAUCUGUACUGUAAAACCAAACAUUUCAGCCUACCAUUCUUCUCCCUCCUUCCCCAUUUAUUUUUACCAAGGCUGCUGCAAGUAAUAAAAUAUAUUCACAUUAACCCUUUUCCUGAAGAUUAGCAAACAGAAAUGGUAAAGUCAAACUUGCAAGACCUAAGAUUUCUGAGCUUUUUUUCUGUACUAGGUUAUGAGAUUAAAUAAAUUGGGAGUGGAAGUGGUCUUGAAC